UUCAGCCUGAUGCCCAUCUCUUCAGCCUGAUGCCUCUCUUCUUCAGCCUGAUGCCUCUCUUCAGCCUGAUGCCUCUCUUCAGCCUGAUGCCUCUAUGACAGCCUGAUGCCUGUAUGCAGGCCUGAUUGGGCCUGUAUGCAGCCUGAUGCCUGCCAGUUGACUCGAUGCCCGCUGUUGAUCCAGAUGAUCCCCGGUACCUGACCCGAUGCCCGCUGUCGAGCCAGUACAAUCCUUCCGGUACCUGAUGAACCCGGUGCUCACUGUUCGUGCCUGUUGACGUCGGAGCCCACUGCCUUGCCAGAUGACGCGGUGCCCCGCUGUCGAGCCAAUGACCUGAUGCCUGGUGACCCGAUGCCCGCUGUCCAGCCAGACGAUCCAAUGUCUGACCCAUUGCAGCGGUCAUCCCAGUUGACUCGGAGCCCCACGGUUGUGCCUGGUGACAUCGGUGCCCGCCGCCCCCGCCUGGGGCCUGAGGACCUGUCGUUCCGCCUGGGGGUCCGGCGCCCGCCACUCCGCCUGAGGGGCCCGAUGCAUGUCGCCACCGCCCGGGGGCCCGUGCCUGCUGCCCCGCCCAGGGGCCCGGUGCCCUGCUGCCCCACCCGGGGGCCCGAUGCCUGCUGCCCCCCGCCCGGGGGCCCGGUGCCUGCCGCCCCGCCCGGGGGCCGGGUGCCUGUCGCCCCAACCCGGGGGCUCCGGGUGCCUGCUGCUCCGCCCGGGGCCAGGUGCCUGAGGCAUGCUCCGCCCGGGGGCCCGGUCGCACCCCCCCGCCCGGGGGCCCCGGUGCCC